AUGGUAUAUGUGGUUAACCGGAAAGGUGAGGAAUCGACGACCGUUCUGAUUUUGCUUGAGGAAUUACUGAAAAACCUAAGCAUCAGUCUCCUAUUGGUAAGCAUGCUACUCACUUGGAUUAGACCUAAGCCGAAAAAAAGGAAACGUGGUGGUAGAGAUGCACCAGAAAAACUGAUUGAGUCCAUUCCAAACCAUGUAAAACAGUUAGACAGGCUUGUCCGUGUUAAUGAUAAAUCAUGCAUAGACAAUCUUCGAAUGGAUAGAAACACAUUUGGUAGAUUAUGUCGUCUUUUGCGUGACCGAGUUGGGUUAAUAGAUCAAAAAUUUGUUACGGUUGAAGAACAAGUAGCAAUGUUUUUAUGCAUUCUAGCUCAUCACAAAAAGACUCGGAUUGUUGGUCAUAACUUCAUGCGUUCUUCACAAACCGUGUCGAAAUAUAUGCAUAUUGUGCUCCGUGGUAUCCUUACCUUGCACGAGGUGUUUUUAGUGAAACCCGAGCCCGUUGAUGAUGCUUGCACAGACCGACGGUGGAGUUGGUUUAAGGGAUGUCUUGGAGCUUUGGAUGGUACGUAUAUCAACGUGAGGGUUCCUAUUGCGGAUACCCCAAGGUACCGAAAUAGGAAAGGCCAGGUAACAACCAACACACUUGCGGUAUGCGAUCGACAACUCCGCUUUGUAUACGUGCUGCCGGGAUGGGAGGGCUCAGCAGGUGAUUCCAGGAUACUACGGGAUGCUAUUAGCCGGCCGCUUGGACUGAAAGUUCCCAAAGAUUGCUAUUACCUCUGCGACAAUGCGUAUUCUAACAGUGAAGGAUUCAUCACUCCAUAUAAAGGCGUCCGAUAUCAUUUGAAGGAGUGGGGUCCUGGAACACAAGCGCCUCAGACUCCCGAAGAACUUUUCAAUUUGAAGCACACCAAAGCAAGGAAUAUGAUUGAGCGUGCCUUUGCCGUUUUGAAGAUGCGAUGGGGAAUAUUGCGCAGCCCGAGUUUCUACCCUAUCGAUGUGCAAACCGGUUUGAUAAUAGCUUGCUUCCUGCUGCACAACUUCAUUCGCACCAAUUUAGAGGUGGAUCCCUAUGAGGAAUGCUUAACUAAUACACCUGCUGACGGGGGUAAUAGUGAAAAUGAAGAGCCGGUAGUGCACACUAUUAAUGCUGUCUCGCCAACAGCUUUGUGGACGAAGAAGAGGGAUGAUUUGGCGGCUGCAAUGUGGGGUCACAGGAUGAACGAGUGA